CCUACUAUCCUAGUACGAGAAUAAAUAUGCCAACAAAUCCAAAGAGUGAAUGAUAUACGUGCGUAGUUUAGCACCCACACACAAGUCACUAAAGUCCUUGGCUUUCGUGUAGGUUUAGGAAAGGAAGCUGCUUGGAAAGGCGUUGCUAAGUGCUAUACUAGUGACUAGUGAGCUACAAACUAAAAAGAGAAAGAUACGCUUUUGCUUUGCCUCUACUCCAUCUCUCUUUUAUUUCCUUUGAUUUGCCAUUUUAAAAGCUAUAGAGAGGGAAAAGCCAAAACUGUUUUGGGUUUUGUGGUCAUAAUAAUGGCUGGGUUGAAGAAUAUUGUGGCUGUUGCUUUGGUUAUGAUCGUCUCUGUGAGCCUUGAAGGCAAAUGGGUUGAAGCCCAAGUGCACCAUGUGGUCGGCGGUGACCGUGGGUGGGACCCAGCUACCAAUCUCUCUUCUUGGUGCUCCGGCAGAAUCUUCAGGGUCGGAGACAAAAUCUGGUUCACAUACUCCGCAGGACUAGAGAGCAUCGUUGAGGUGAAACAGCAGGAUGAAUACUUGUCGUGCGAUAUCAGCAAUCCAAUCAGAAUGUACACGGACGGCUUGGAUAGCAUCUCAUUGGACGGGGAAGGGAUCCGCUACUUCGUGAGCAGCAAGCCAGACAGCUGCAAGAACGGCCUGAAGUUACACGUGGAGGUGCUGCCUCAGGGAACACCUGAUGAUUUCCAAAAAAUAGCUGCAUCAGAGUCUAAGGCCUCCAAUGGCUAUGUGUCGGCUCUUGCUUCUGGGCCCACAACUCCUUCCGGUUCGGCCCAUCUCAUUGGAAGCUCCAUCCUCUUGGCAUUUGGGUUCCUUUGCUAUGCUAUUGGUGCCUAGACACAAAUAUGAAAUAUCUUUAUCUUUUUAUCCACAGUAAUUCUAGUUUUUGA